UACUUGCAUAAUGCAGGUUUUUUUUUCUCAAAGCGUCUCCACCUUUGAACUUUUGCCCACCUUUGGACUCAUCAUGAACAUUAAAUCUAACGCCCUUGCAACAACACCUGUAAUACCAGCCCACCUGUAUGACACAGGCCCAGCCUGGCGAUCUUUGAUCACUGUGUGUGUAAGCAGGAAGUGAGGGAAUAUUGAGCAUAACGCCACGCGAGAAAGACUUGCUCCCUUCUUUGUGGUGAAGAUCGGUCAUAAUGUCACUUGAUCAAAGCUGAAAGGUUUGAAUUGAUCAAUUCUUCCUGUCUUGGAACACCGUAAAAGAAAAUAAGACCUAAGUUGGAAAAUGUUGGGAAACUCUCGUCCCUUCUCUUACUCACCGAGGGGUUUCUCACCAGAGGAGCUUCCUCAGUCCAGGUGGGCUUUCCAACAAGAUGACUACAGGGGGUCCUCACCGAAGAGCCCCGAGAGAAGCUUAUCCAGGCCUACUGGCAAAUCCAUAUACAUGCAGAGAAAAGAAUACUCAGAGGUGCUCAACAGGCAGCCUGACAACCUUCACACCAGAGUGGAGCACGUGCUGACCUGCGAGCUGGACGGCCACCAGGUGAUCACAGUGGACGACUGUGUGGCCAAGGUCAAGAAGCUGGACGCCAAAGGUCGUCUGUGGCCUCAGGAGAUGAUCAUGGAGGUCCAAGGAGGAUACCUUGUGCUCUGUGACACCCAGACCAAGGCGGAGCUGGAGGUUGUCCCUGUGACGAACAUCCAGCAGACCAAAGUCGUGUUGGACAGCUGCUCUUACGACUCCCUGCUGAUGGUGACUGCCAGGGAACGCAGCAAACACUUCCCUCAGGUCUUCAUCUUCCAGUGUGAAGAGACUGGGGCAGAACUCCUAAAGAGUGAUCUAGACAAGUUUGUUCAAAAAGGAAGCAGCCAAGUGGAACCACGCUUUGACCAGACAGUCCAAAGAAGUAACAGCGAGAAUACUAUCGGGCUUCGAUCUCUUGGAAAUUUCCAGCAAGAAAGACCUCACCAAUCAUCACUACCGCCUUCAGGGCGCCCUCUACCACAGUGGACUGACAGAGAACCUGACAGUUUCCAUCAGGCUGGACCUCGUGUUACACCGUGGGAAAGAAGCCCACAGCGGUCGGAGCGCCCUCUGCCACAGUGGACUGACCCAGAACCUGAAGACAUUCCUCCUCCUAGCUACUACACCCCCAAAGAGGAAGCAGCGUACCGGCGUGACGUUGGCGGCUCCCACGGCCGAGCAGAUGUGUCGGAGCAGGCGGAUUUUGGCAGGAACACGGCCAUUUUAAACCACAUUUUUGAUGAUCUGGAGACCUUCAUAGGGAAAGUGUUUGCUGCCACAGACGUGACUCCCCCCCAGCAGAGCGACAAGGGCAAAAAGAAAGGCGUGUUUAAGAAGAAAAGCUCCAGGAGCACAGCUGCCCCCCUGCCUCCCACUCAGGAAUUUGUCUCCUGUCUUCAGAAAAUAAAAUAUGGAUUUAACCUGUUGGGACAGCUGCACGGCUCUCUGUCCAACCCCAGCGCUCCUGACUAUGUCCACAUCUUAUUUACCAGUUUAGCCACAAUCCUGCCUCACUACCACGCACAGCUGCCGCCCACAGUGGUCUCCCCCUUGCUGACGGAGGCGGGCCUGAGGCUUCUCAGGCAGGUGGUCGGCCCCGAGGAAGACCAGCUCUGGAGGUCUCUGGGAGACAGCUGGAACAUCCCCAGGUCUCGGUGGCCCGACGAUGUCCCGCCUUACCUCCCCCAGUUCUAUGGCAGCUGGCAGCCACCUGCUCCCCACAAGCCUGCCCAGCUUCCUUACCAAAAUGACCACGUGAGCAGGACCAACAGCCAGCGUUUCCGUCCCGAGGAACCCCCCGGGUACAUCCGAGAAGGCGGCGAGCUCAUGCGAGUCAUGUAUGACAUUGUGGCUCGAAACAACCGUGAGCUCACCGCCAUGAAGGGUGAUGUGGUGGAGGUGGUACAAAAGUCUAAGCAAUGGUGGCUGGUACGCAACCAGCAUGGAGAGCAAGGCAACGUUCCUCAGAAUGUUCUGGAGCCCAUCAGGAGGGGGAUACCAUUGGAGGACAUGCGAUCGUCCCGAAGGCCGGCGUCUCUAAACAUGACGUCCUCGCCUGCAGAGGUGCGAGCAUGGCUGCAGCACAAAGGCUUCUCCAAGAUCACUGUCGCCAGCCUCGGGGUGCUGACGGGUAAAAUGCUGCUGCAGAUGAGCAAGGACGAGAUGAGGAUUGUGUGUCCAGAGGAAGGAGCAAAGGUCUUCUUCCAUCUGCAGGCCAUUAAAUCAGCCAUUGCAGUAAGUGUUGACACUCAAUACAAGUGCAUCACAGCAGCAAUGUUUGACUCUUUGUCCCCCUGCAGCUGGCCAGUGAACCCUCAGGCCUGUAUGAUGGACGCUACUAACGACCACACUUUCUUCUCCAUGGUCAUUCUGUGGACAUUUCUUUCCGUUUACAAUUAUUUAUAUAGCAAACAAACAUGUUUUGUUGUCUACAAUUAUUAAAAGCAUGUUAAUAAAAUGUACUCAUUUGAUCAUCAACAUAAA